AUGACGAUUGAUGCGCAGGCCGCACCCGCGGCUCAGGCCUUGAAGGCCAGCAACUCCACGGGAUCUCUUACCGAAGAGCGCCGCGAGGUCGAGCAGCGCGUCGCUGAGAACGCGAGUUUUCGCCGUAUCACGUCCUCGAAGCACGCCCAGCGAACCCUGCAGCCGUUGAACAACUUGGCCGACAACAUGAAGCCUUCCCGCUCCACUAAGUCGAACCUUCGUCUCUCCAUCGGCGACCCCACUGUUGACGGCAAUCUCAAGAUCCCCGAGAUUGUAACGGAAGCAGUGGUAGAUGUUGUGCGCUCUGGCGAGUUCAACGGCUACCCGCCGACGGUCGGGGCCGACAACUUGCGCCAGGUGGUGUCGACGUAUUGGCGCCGCUUCUGCCAGACCAAGUCUCGUCAAGAGGCGUUGAAGUGGGAGAACGUGAUCAUCACCUCCGGUGUGUCGCAGGCCAUCGUGCUCGCUCUCACUGCACUGUGCAACGAGGGCGACAACAUCCUCGUGUGCGCCCCAUCGUUUCCCCACUACAAGAGCGUCUGUGAGAGCUACGGCAUCGAGUGCCGCUACUAUUACCUCGACCCCUCGAAGAGCUGGGAGUGCGACCUCAGAUCUGCGGCCGGUGCGGUGGAUCGCCACACGAAGGCAUUUGUCAUCAUCAACCCUUCCAACCCGUGCGGCAGCAACUUCUCCCGUGCACACGUAAGCGAUAUCAUCGAUUUCUGCCAGCAUCACCAGAUCCCCCUCAUCAGUGACGAAAUCUACGCUGAGAUGGUGCUGAACAACGGCAUCUUCACGUCUGUCGCCGACUUCGACACGAGCGUUCCGCGUCUCAUCCUGGGCGGCACGGCCAAGUACCAGGUCUGCCCCGGCUGGCGUGUAGGCUGGUCUAUCCUGAUCGACCCGAUGAACGUUGCGGGAGACUGGGCUGUCGGAAUGGAGCGCCUGACCCAGCUCAUCGCUGGUGUCAACUCUAUCUGCCAGGAGGCGAUUGCGCGGACGCUGCUCAAGUGCCCUACGGAGUGCACCGAGCACAUCGUCACCCAACUGGAGGCCGGCGCCAAAGUGUACGCCCGACUGCUUGAACACGACAUUGGCAUCUCCAUGGACGCACCGCAGGCCUCCAUGUUCGUGAUGCUCAAGCUCAACCUCAGCUACUUUCAGGAUUUGAAGUCGGAUAUGGAGUUCUACGAGAAGCUUCUGGAUGAGGAGAACGUGCAGGUGCUGCCGGGUGAGAUCUUUGGCAUGAGUGGCUUCAUUCGUGCAACGAUAUCCCGCCCAUCAGCGGUGCUGAAUGAGGCAGUCGACCGCAUCAUCGAGUUCUGUGAGCGCCACAAGAAGUAG